GCCGCCCGCCGUGACAUCGAGACCCGAAAAGUCCCAGGUGCCGGAGCAGGCGCCGCAAUCGACGACGACGGACAUCGCGCUGCUGUCGACCGCGACGGUCGUCGUUCCGCCGUUGAAAGCGACGCCCGAGAUGGGUCCGCCUGUUCCGGGAGUGCCGUCGUUUGCGGGGUAGCUCUGAGUGAUCAGGACACCGUAGUCGGUGAUGCCCGAGAUCUUGUUUCUGCGGGCACGACAACACCGGAAACUUUGGCACCGGUGGCGCUGGCGUCGACCUUAAUGCGGAGACCAUACAAGCCCCCGGUGAUCGUGUUUCGGGCAGCUUUGAAGUUGGUGACAGAUUUUCCGGAAGCGAUGGAGCCAAUUGAGAUGCCGUGACUGCCGGUGCAGGUCGUGUCUUCGACGAUGAUGCUGUCUCCAGAGUUGACAGCGACACAGUCGUCCUGGUUGAUGACAGUGCACUGGGAAAUCGUCACGCCUGAUGCGCUAACGUCAAACCCGUCGGUAUUGUGGCCAAGAGCGGCACCGGCGGCUGCCUCGAUUGACGUGUUGGAUGACGCUUGCAGCGGUGGUUCCCACGGAGAUGGCCUGGGCGGGAGAGUUGAGGACGGUCACGGAGGAGAAAGUCCCUGAGCCCUUGAAUCUGAACACGCAGAAUUAGCACUGGAGAGGAUGAUAAAAUGGGCGGUUUUCUCGUACUUGACAAAGGGAUGGGGUUUGGUCACGCCCCCGUUGGUCCCCUGGCCGUCCCAGUACGCAGCACCAUUUCCCUGCAUAGGUUGAGAAUCAAUUAUUCC